AGAGAAAUCUAGACUUCAACCGAAGUUUCUCUCUCCUAAUAAAUAAACUAACACUUCACCAAAAUAUAAAACCACUGAACAUUUUUCUUGCUCAUAAAUUUUCUCUCCAAUUUUUUUUCGUGAUCAGCAAAUUAGGGUUUAUAAUCAGAUGGAAGAUUACAUUGGAUAUAAGCUGAAAAGAAAGGAUAUCGAGGAUGUUAAUGAUGAUUUCUCCGAUUUUUCUCUCUCUUCUCCUGCUCGUAAGAUCCGUCGCUUGGAUGCCGAAUUGCCACCAAUAAUUGAAGAGGACGAGAUAGAUUAUCAAUUUGGUUACAAGCAAACAGUACCUCAAAACACCCUCUCCAAUGGUGUGGGGAGCCAAGUGAAGCCGCUGGUUGUUGAGGAGUUACCAUCUGCCCCCGAGAAUGAAGAGAAGGCUAUUGUUCUAUUUAAUCCUGUGAACAAACCUCUUGUUUAUUCUGAAGGAAAAUUUUCUGUUGAUCCGAAUUUGAUAUCUUGCUUUAGAAAUAAAGCUUUUUGGGGAGCCCAUCUACACUCUGGUAGACCUAGAGAAGAGGAUGAAGCCAUGGAAAACGAAAAUAACAGCGAGGAGAAUGCAUGCAGGGCUGUUAUCCCUUGGGUCCCAUCUCAGACAGCAAACUCAGUACCACAAUCUGUUGCUUCUCAGUCAGAGAUAUCAGAAGCAAUGGAUGCUGAAGAAAUGGAGGCAACAUCAAUGGAAAUUGAGGAUGCAGAUGCUGCAAAUGCCGGACAACAAGCGAGUGAGUACAUCAACUUUUCUAAACUUAACGAAGGCCUGCAGCAUCAGUGGCAUCAACAUCAUUGCAUGAUUCCGCAACCCCCUCAGAAUAUCACAACAACUCCACUUGUGUGGUACAGGUGACAAAUACCGUGAAUUAGCAAUGUAGGUUGAGUAUUUGAUGUCAGAGAAGAUAUUGCCGGUCUUCUUGGAUGAUUGAAUGGUACUUCCGCUGUUGUAAAUGGAGGUUUUGGUGGAGGUGCAGACUAUUCGGAUAAUCUUUUGUUUCUAUCAAGUAGCGUCGAUCAUAGAGAGUGGAGGA